AUGGAAUGGAACGGAGAUGCUCUUUGUAUUUAUUUUGCUCACCAGAAAAAUGACCAAGAAGGUACCAGGCCCCGUGACCCGAAGCACAUUUACGCUAAUCCGCUGAACCCAUCUAUAUGUCCAGUGCUGGCUAUUGCUAUGUUUUGGGCAACCUCAUCGUUCGAUGGUAGUGAUCUUCUAUUUCCUGGGAACAGUCAAUAUGAGCGAUUCCGCAAAUGUCUACAUCGAUUAUUUGACCGAGACGACACAGCUGAGGAGCUACGCCGGCGUGGUAUUAGCGGCGAUGACCUCGGCACCCACUCUAUGAGGAAAGGAGCCGCGACGUUCUGCGCAUCUGGCUCAACGGCAUGCCCGCGAUAUGCACGUGGGACGAACUGUGUCUGGUCUCCCUCCUGA